AAUUUAUUCCUUGAUCGAAUUGGUAGGUACGUGAGAAUCACAAUAUAAUAAGAUGAAUGCAAUGGCAAAGCAAAGAGCUGCUGAUCCUCUACUUUGUGUACUCUUCAUCAUCAUUCUGGGAACAUGUGGCAGCUGUGUGGCAAGCAGAACCAUCUUAACUUUUAUCGGGGAUCACGGGGGAGCAGGCCUUGGUAUUAGCAAGGACGUUGGAGUGGGAGUGGGUGCAGACGUGGGUGCUAAGGUGGGCCUCGGAGGCCGGCUUGGUGGGGACGUGCAGGGUGCAGCUGGUGAUCAUGGGGCCGGCGGCGGCGGAUUAGGCCAUGGCGGAGCAGAUGCUGGAGCUGGAGCUGGAGUGGGCGCUGGGGUCAAUGUCGGGGCCCGAGUUAAUGCCAGAGCGCGGGGAGGAUUACAUGGCGGUGCUGGAGCUGGCGGUGAGGAUACCAAUUACCAUCAUCGACGUCACGGAAAGCAAUCAACCAGUGGUGAUGGAGAAAGCAGCAACAUCAGGGGAUCCAGAUCAACUAGUGAUCAGAGCGGAGGACAGUCACGAGGAGACGGAGGAUCCACAAGUGCAGCAGGGGAAAAUGAAAGAGCUUCAACGAGUUCUGGAGGUGGCAGUGGAUCAAGCGGUAGUGCAGGAGGGAGUAGAAGCGCCUCACAUUCCGGUGGCAGUGUAGGAGGGAGCGGAAGUACCUCAUCUACCGGCGGGAAUGCAGGAGGGAGUGGAAGCGCCUCAACUUCCGGCAGUACUGCAGGAGUUAGUGGAAGUGCCUCAUCUUCCCAUGGCGGGGGAGAAGCGUCGAAUGGAGGAUCAAGAAGUGGGGGUGGAUCCAGCAGCGGCAGUGCCUCUUCUUCGGGUGGCAGUGGGGGGUCCUCGUUUGGAGGAUCGAGAAGUGGUGGCGGAUCUAGCGAAAGUGCCCACUCGUCUUCUGGCGGCAAUGCAAAAGGGAGUGGAAGUGCCUUGACUUCCGGUGGUAGUGCAGGUGGAAGCGGAAGUGCCUCGUCUUCUGAUGGUAGUGCAGGAGGAAGUGGAAGCACCUCAACUUCCGGUGGUAGUGGAGGAAGUGGAAGCACCUCGACUUCCGGUGGUAGUGCAGGAAAAAGUGGAAGUGCCUCGUCUUCUGAUGGUAGUUCAGGAGGAAGUGGAAGCGCCUCGACUUCCGGUGGAAGUGGAAGCGCCUCAACUUCCAGUGGUAGUGCAGGAGGAAGUGGAAGUGCCUUGUCUUCUGAUGGUAGUUCAGGAGGAAGUGGAAGCACCUCGACUUCCGGUGGUAAUGCAGGAGGAAGUGGAAGCGCUUCGAAUUCCGGUGGUAGUGCAGGAGUAAGUGGAAGUGCGUCGUCUUCUGAUGGUGGGGGGUGCAGCAUUGAAUGGAGGAUCACGAAGCGGGGGUGGAUCCAGCGGCAGUGCAGGAGGAAGUGGAAGUGCCUCUUCUUCGGGUGGCGGAGGAGGGUCCUCAAGUGGAGGAUCGAGAAGUGGCGGCAGCGGUGGAGGAGCGUUGUCCCAUGGAGGUGGCAACGGGAGAAGUCAAUCUUCAACUUCUGCUGGAGCGUCGUCUAGUGAGGCUGCAGACAACAAUGGGGAUGUUUCCAGUGGAUCAGGCGGAGGAAGAAGUGGAAAUGCGGGUGCCGGAGACAGCGGAGGAGAGCAGGCAGCAAGUGGUGGCGGACGCGGGAGAAGUGGAAGUGACGCAGGAGACAACGGGGGAGGAGAGCCCGUUAAAUCUAGUGGAAAUGACGCCUCUUCGGAAGGAGAUUCCUCCCACUCACAUAGAAGCCACAGCCCCCGGGGAGGCGGAGGCGGAGGAGCUAAUGCCGGCGUUGACGGAGGUGUAUCGGUAGGGGGUGGAGCAAACGUCGGUGUAGGUGUGGGGCUCGGUGGCGCAGGGGGUUUGGGAGGAGAUGGAGGGAUCGGUGGCGGUGAUGGAGUAGGUGGGGGUGGUGCGGGCGGUGCGGGAGUGGGGGCGAAUGCGGGUGUGGGUGCUGGUGCUAACGUCUUUCUCGGGGGAGGUGUUCACGGAGACGGCUUUGCCGGCGGCGAAGGUGACGGCGAACUCGGCCACUCCACAAUUCCUUGAUCGAUCGAUCCACUACUUUUAAUUAGUUUUGGUGCUCACUAAUUAGCCGCAACGCUCCCUCAAUACAAAGGAAAGGAGAGAGGAGUACUUAGCUUCAUUAGUUCCUUAUUUCAUUUCCUUUUUCAUCUUCUAAGGCAUUCAUUCCCCCCAACGGAAUUAAUAAAUACAUACAAUGUAUAUAUAAAUAGGAUAAUAAAUACGUUUUCUUGUCAAAGUCGAGUUUUUUUUUUUUGGAUGAGUCAAAGUCGAGUUUAUACCCAUUAAAAAAUAAUAGAGCAAAAUUUCUCUAAAUAGAGUUGUGCAAGUCCUACUGUCAAAAAAAAGAGUUGUGCAAGUCCUAUUUUGAAAAGAAAAUAGUGUGAUUUUAUAUGUAUAUAUUGGAUAUUUCCUCAUUGUUUAUUAAUCAUCUUUCUUUUGAGAAGCUUUGAUUUCACCUUCUUAAUAGCCAUCAUUGCUGUAAACUUUUUGUUGUUACUACGUAUUAUUUACUCCAAUAUUAUUGUUUAGCAA